AUGGAAGACUUAAGCAAUAUUGAUCUUCACGAGGAAGGUGAAAUCGUUGAUGAUAACAGUGAGGAUGAGACUCUCCACAAAGCCGAGGUUAUUCCUACUGGCACAGCCACUAAAAUUUUUGAAACUUACGCCAGUGAUGAGGAAGAAUACAGCGAUAAUGAAGAACCACCAGAGGAAGUUUUAAACCGAUUAGCUCAAAAAAUUCCUGACCAAACAGAGGAAGAAGAGGAAGAAAUUGAUCCCGCUCUCUGUAAAGUUUGUAAAACAGAUCCACAUAAGUACAAAUGUCCAAAAUGCAACAUUAGAACUUGCUCUUUAGCGUGUUCCAAGAAGCAUAAAGAAGAAAAAGAAUGUGAUGGAGUUCGGGGGCCAUAUACUGUUGUCCAAAAAUUAUCACAAUAUUCAGCACAAAACUCUAUUGAAGAUCAGAGAUUCUUUGAUCGCGUUCAGAACAAGGUUAUACCAGAAAACUGUAAACCUACGUAUUCUGGAAACGAUCAUAGAAGGUAUGAUGAGGAAAGAACUGAGAACAAUGAAUCGAUUGAACACUCUGAUGAAAACGUCAACAGGGAUAAUGUAGAACUUAAUGCUGAUGGAACUCGGAGCCGGGCAACAUCAGCUGUAGAACGUUUCCUCCUCCCUAAUGCUGCUCGCAGACAGAUAUUCUUAUCUUUCAGUAAUGACAAAGGGGAAGACUGCUCCCGCCAUGAACAGUUUUCUGAUUCCAUCUUCUGGUGUAUUGAUUUUAUUUUCAAAAAACAAAUGGAAGAUGGUUCAGUUUCGGAAUAUAAUUACAGAGUUCAGAAUAUACCGGAGACCAUUCGCAUAUGCACAGUGUUGAAACAAUUCUUGAAACCUAGGAAGGUUGGAUGUAUAGUCUCCGAAAGCGACCUAGAUGUGCAAAAGUUGAAACCCUUCAUUGAAGCAGGAUCCGAAAAUAUCAACCUCUUCAUGCGAGUUCCCAGAUAUGAGCAAGAGCGAUACUAUGUUGUGGUAGCUGAGAAAAACAUGUUAGAUAACACCAAAAACAGAGUGAUCCUAGAUCACCCCAAAAUAAUUAUUGUUCUAAACAAUGAAUUCUGUGAUUUUCAAGUAUUAAGUGAAGCUGAAGCUCUAGACAUACGUGAUAGAAUGCAAAGUGAAAGAAAUUCUAUCAUUAAGCAGAGCGCAAGCAGGGGAAGAAAUAAUCUAAGAGGCGGACAUAGAGGAGAUAGUAACGGAUUCAGAGGUGGAAGAGGCCGUGGAGGAUUCAGAGGUGGAUACAAUGAUCGUAGAGGAGGGUAUAAUAGCCGUGGAGGACAGGGUCACCCAUCGAAGAGAGGAUACAGCGGUAAUUCCGACUAUGAUGGAAGCGCAAAGCGCGGCAGAGGUCGUGGCUACAGAGGCUAUGGAAGACCUACUGAGGAUGAUUUCGAUCCUUUCGAGCCUUUUGAAGGCCCCGUUUCCCUACCAAUGGAUUACGGGAAGAAGGAUAUCAAAACUGAAGCUAGUUGUAAAGAAGAGGCUAAACCUCACACUGAAAAUGCUCCACAAGGUUUCCAUGCCACAUCUAAUGAGGUCUACGAACCACGAACAAACGGAAGCAUUUUUGACUGA